AUGAGUCAAGUGUCUAACGUACUAAGUACUCUAAGCUUUCUGCACACAGUUUUGCAUGAAUUGAUUCCCGAUUUACACAUCAAUGACGAAAAUUUCACGGUACAAUUGGAUCGUUGCGAUGAAGACGCGUUCUGUGACCGCUUGCUUCAGAACAUGCAUGUUGUUGCCAUGAAUGCGAGUUUCGUGAGUCAUGACCGUUUGUUGCAUCCUACAAACUUUAAAUCUAGAAUCGCACGGGAUCUCUCACUGGUGCGGUGUUAUGCUUUCGUUUUUCUUCAUGGCCAAAGAUUUUUCAUUAUCUCUGGAUUUUCUCCGUCUCUGACAUAA